GUGAGCUUUUUAUAUAAAGAAGAAAUAGUGUGAUAUUUCAAAUUUACGUCUACAAAUGAUUUAAACUUUAUACAGACGUGAAGUUCCGUCCUACAGAAAGGGGUGGUUUUAGCCAAUCCCUCAUUGUUCUGUAUGAAAAUUCUAACGAAAACGUUUCUGUACAAAUACACUUAAAAGUAUGUGAGUGACAUGAACUUAACCGUGUCGGAUUAUUGUGAAUAUGGCGGUAGCAGACCCCAGUUAUAAUCACGUGAACACAACCUCUGAUGAAGAGGAUGGUGCUGUAGAAAGUAUCACUAACAGUCCAGAUAAUGCCAAGUCUUUGGGCAGCCCUAGUUCCCACAAACAAAACGGAACAGCUGUAACUCAUAUAGAUAGAUAUGGUUUUAUGGGUGGUUCCCAAUACACUAAUCCAGAUGAUGAGCACAGAGUUCCAAUUGAGAAACUGAGACAAAGAGAGCUGAAAUGGCUGGAGAUGUUUGAUGACUGGGAAAAAUGGAUGAGCAAAAGAUUUAAGAAGAUUAGAGAUAGAUGUCGCAAGGGUAUCCCCCCAUCAUUGCGUUCAAGAGCCUGGCAGUAUUUAUGUGGCAGUAAAUUCCUAAUGGAACACAAUCCAGGAAGAUUUGAUGAAUAUUUAAGACAGCCAGGAAAUCCAAAAUGGGAGGAUGAUAUCACAAAAGAUUUACACAGACAAUUUCCACAGCAUGAAAUGUUUAAUUCGAAAGGAGGAUUUGGACAAGAAGACUUAUAUAGGAUUCUAAAGGCUUACACCAUUCACAAUCCACGAGAGGGCUACUGCCAAGCUCAGGCUCCUAUAGCUGCUGUUUUACUGAUGCACAUGCCAGCAGAACAGGCUUUCUGGUGCCUUGUUUCCAUCUGUGAGAAAUAUCUUCAAGGCUACUAUAGUCCUGGCCUGGAAGCUGUUCAAGUAGACGGAGAUGUUUUGUUUGGAUUGCUGAAAAAAACACAACCAGCUGUUUACAAACAUAUAAAAAAACAACAAAUAGCUCCUAUACUUUACAUGACAGAGUGGUUUAUGUGUUUGUUUACGAGGACACUGCCUUGGUCAACUGUUUUAAGGGUUUGGGAUAUGUUCUUCUGUGAAGGCAUAAAGGUGGUAUUUCGUGUUGCUCUGGUGCUAUUUAAAAUGGUAUUUGGAGAUGGAGGAAAUUUCAAAGAUUGUCCAACUUUGUAUGAAACACUAGAAAAACUAAGACACAUUCCAGUUCAGCAUCUAGAUGAAGAAUUAAUGGUACAAGAAACCUUGCGACUAAAUAUCAAUGAGAGAGACAUGGAAAAGGAGCACCAAAAACAAAUUCAUCGGCGGAAAAAAGACAAGUCAAAGAAAGGCGGAAAGCAGAAGUCAUGACAGAAAUAAAGAAGGCGGUAGUGGUGAAUUAUUUAGAAAAUUGUCAAAUUGUAUUCAUGAGAACCUUUUUUUAUACUAGUCAUUCAUAUUUAAUUUUUAUAUAUAUACAUGUAUGUAUAUCAACAAAGCGAGAGAAUGUUUUGAGUUUGUAAUCAGGCAGUCUCUGGAGCUGUUUUUGAACAAUGGGUUAGGAUUUGAUGAUAUAGUGUUUCUAGUCUAAACUGGAUGUAAAACUGUGUAAAUAAAAAUAUUUGCAGUCUGUCCCAGCAUUUAGGCACUAAUUUUUGAUGCUUCUGAAAAAUCUGCUUUUGUCUCAACCAUUACCAAACCAUCUCUCUGAAAAAAAAUACUGACGUUUUCCAUCCCAUGUGGAACUGCCUUUUUUUAAUGUGUGAUACUGGCUUUCCAUAAUUUUUAUGAUGAUUGUCUGUAUACUUCAAGUCGUAUUUUGUGAUGUAAAUAUAUGGACAGGUAUGUGUAAUAUAUAUUAUAGCAGAUGUUCAAUUUGUAAUUGUUAAUUUGAACAUACUUGUGAUAAUACUAAGUUCAGGACACAUGGAUUUUGGAGAAGAUGGACCAAUUUACAUGCAGAUUGCUCAUUUACAUUUUGUACAAAAAAACUUGCAUGUACUUUUAACCUGAAAAUAAUUUGAAACAAAUCAUGUUUGAACAAAACAUUUCAGUUUUUCUUUAAAUCUUAUCCAUUGAAACAUUCCUAACUAUUUGUUUUUCACCAUUUGCCUCACCAGGUUUUAUUCAUCAUAUACUGUUUUUAUUUCUAGGUGUUUUUAUGUGUUUCUUUGGACAGGCCAUAUUAUGGUAUGGACUUUCUCUUCAGUCAGUCUGUUAGCUUUUAUAUGUCUGGACUUUGUGGCUUAGGACCAUACAACCUAGUCAGUUGAUGCAUCCAGUGUGUGUGCAUUGGGGGGGGGGGGGGUUAUAACCCUAAAUUAGGUCACUGUGCCCUCAUUUUGGAGUUUUAUGGCUAUACAUAGUCAAAUUAUGUUUGGAUCAUAACUUGCUUAGUGUAACUCUUAGAAUCAUCAAACCAUGUUUUGGGGAAGGCUGACAAUUUAUGACUAUACAUAGAAUACAUAGAAGUAGAAUUAUCAAACCAUGUCAGUUAAGGUAUUUUAGAGGCAAAGUGUGUCUUGAUUCAAAAAUUGGUCUCUGUGAAUUUUUGGGAUUUAGAAAUUGGUACUUAAACAGUUGUGUCCAAAUCAUUUUGUGCAGAGUGAUUCAGAAUGAGACCAAGGGUGGGUCUGGGGGGAUGCUUUAUGACCCAAAAGUAGGUCACUGUGACCUACUUUGGAAUUCUGUAGCUACAUGUAUCCAUAGUCAUGUGCAGUUCACAUCUUUCACACUGUGAAGAUUCAAGCCAAGACCUACCAAACCUCAGUUGAUGCAUCUUUUUUUUGGGGGG